GUCGGUCAUAACUUAAAGGUUACCAAGUACGUUCACAUGGAUUCAUCCAAACCUCCACUAACAAACGUUAGUCGCGCAGUCGUACUGCAUAACAAUAAGCAAAAUUUUCCAUAUGGCACUGAACGCAUCUCCUGGCAAAAUCGGUCCCGCAAGGACGUUGAGAAGUUGAGAACGUAUCAUUGAACAGCAUUGAACACGCUGUUAACGCCGACGAGCAAUUUGAAUCCGGGAGAAGUUCCGAUACUCUUGGUUCUGCUUGCAUCACAAUAUGAUACCAUUAUGAUUGCGUUCCUCUCUCUUAUCAAUCGCAAUGUCUUCGUCACGGUUCUCUUGAAUAAAAGUAACGCCUGCCACUUCCCGGAGCGCCAGUGCUGCCCCCUUCUUUUAUCUUACCUGCCACUCCACCAUCCUCCCCAUGAUGACAGAAAUCCUAGCCAACAUCAUCGACGUACUGAAGAAAUUGGUUGCACAACUUGCACGGCGCUCUGCCAGGUUUUGCUUAUUUAUCUUCUCUUUAUUUCGCCGUGCUGCAGGUUGUUCAAAGUUCAGAUAUCGGAGAUUGACCGCUUGGACUCACCUUUCCAGUGGAGCUAUCUCGCGAUCCCAACGUGACAUCGCCGGAGAGAAUGUACCUAUCUGCCAUAGUUUUCUGCCUGCUGGUCACAUAGAACUGGAGGUUGCAGAGGAGCCUCCGUCUCCCCAAGAUGAUCCUUAUUCAAGAAUCCAUUCACGAUAUUCCCAACCUUUACGAGGGGGCACGGCGGUGCCUUUGUUGGAGACUAAUUGUAUAACAGCGAACCGAUACCCGGGUGCCCAUUCUCGCCUGAUUAGCGCUCCACGUCAUGGAUCUCCGGACAUGCCUUCUAUUCCAUUUCAUUCGCCUGUUCAGGCAGUACCAAGGUCAGAUCCUGGGAUCGACCAUCAUACUCAUUACACUGUUCCGCCAGGCAACGACGAGCAACCGGGCCAAGAGGUCGUCAUGGUCCAUGACGGCCUGCUGAUAGCACCUAUGGUUGCAACUGAAGUCAGGCGGUACCAAAGGAGCGUUCCCCGGGUCCUCAACGUUUCAAAAACUACCAUCCCUGCUAUGACAGUCACAUUUCCUGUGCACGAUAUGGCUAUGCCCCAAGGAUGGAUUACACUCGUGCAUCCAGAAGGAUCCCGCUACUUUGUGCACCAAGAAAAAGUACGUCCAGACCACGAUCUAUGGAAGGCUGACGAUCUGAGUGGGAGGUACAUCCCGCAGAGAACAUUCACAGAAACGAAUAUCUGUAACAAACAAACAUGCGAGGACAUCGAAUACUACAUGCAGUUCUUACUGGAUGAACUUCAGCGGGUCGUUGAGCAUGGGAAUCUUGAGCUCGACAUGAAGCAGGUUGACCUUGUACUCGAGCCGAAGACCUUUGAUGGCGACUCUGUCGUUUGUUGCUAUUACUUCGCCAAUCACCGUGACAGAUGCCUCUUUUGGUUGAAUGACUUCAAUGCCAAAGGUAUUCUCUCCGACUGUGAAGGCGUAGAGAAUCUUUCACACAUACGGUUUGCCAUUGAAGCACAAUACUGGAGACAUUGUGAUUACUUUCCUAGCCUGUUCCUAGUUACACAAAGCCUUGUGGAUGAGGUCAAGGAUAUGUUGAUGCAUGCGGCAUGUGACCACUUGACAUCGAUGCAGUCUUCUGCGGCAUUUGAUGCUAUCGAACUCAGGGAUCACCUUUCUGUGGUAGAUAAAAUAAAGGUCUAUUCCCCUGCUGACCAGAGUAUGCAACAAUGCCACGCUGCCAUUGUCAUCGGCCGGAUUAUGUAUACAUUCAGUCACAAUCACUUUGUGAAUUAUCAUGGCGAGGACUGCGCAAGACUAGUCGUUGAACAAACAGUUCAUGGUUGGGCAUAUAAACGAUCACCAUUGAUGGUUAUUCUCGCACCCCUCCUGUUCUUCGACCCCGUGACUCAAGUCCGAGACCUGCACAAGGUUUUCGUUGACAAAAUGGCUUGCACAGCACGGUGGAAUGCAUUCAGUUCAAAAUUGAACGGACAACUCCAGGACUCCAAUCUUUUGGCCACUGUUUUGCUCAACGCCAAUGUUGGAUUUCUCGCUAUCGACAGCGUCGAUGGGAGUGGUAAAUCCUCCACUCAGGUGGCAAGCUAUAUGUCUCUUGUGGCGAGCAUGGGAAGCAUGAUUCUUGGCUUGUUGCUUGUCUCGCACAAUCGAACCAUGGGUCAAGGUACACACCUCCACGCGGAACUGUUUCUAUCAGGACUUCAUGAUCGAGAACACGGGCUUGAAAAGCUGGCGAUCAUAUACAGCCUCCCAAAGGCGUUGCUCAUAUGGGGCAUGGUCUUCUUUUUCGCGGCCUUCUCCGUCGAUUGGUGGAGUCCUGGGGAUACAACUUCCAGGGUCAUUGUUGGUGCUGUGAUACUGGUCGUAUUCGUGAUGAUAUCGUACACCGUCAUUCUUAUCAUGAAAGGAGACUGGCAGACAAACCCGCUGCAUGGAGACAUCGGCCUGGGACUAUUGUCUCGUCUGGCUGAUACUCGGAAACAGGUCGUGGAGUUCAUGGCGGCGACGUGUGCCCAAAGAGAUGUUGCCGCGCUCCCCAUUCAUCGACUUCGCCUGGUUUUCAAUCAGACAUUUCAGACGCAGAAAAUCACUCCAACCCCUCUAUCUCAGUUCGGUGAUGUCCCCCCACUUCUGUGGAUUCACCUCUGUAAUCACUACAUCCACAAGCGGCACGAGAGACACACUGAAGUGGUAGUGACAGACAUGGACUCUUCCAUACGCCUGGUUGAUCUCGUGCAGAAGAAAGGGAGAGUGUGA